AUGGCAUUUAUAACUAUCCCUGCCUCUAAAAAACACAAGAGUCUACUAGAUUAUGAUAAGGAUGAUGCGGAUAAGGAAUCUGAUGCUAAUGACGACGGCAAAGAUGAUGAGCCUGUGCAGUCCCAGCCCACAAAGAUGCUCACACCACCUCCUACAACAUCCAGAAAGCAAAAGCACAGAAAUAAAAACUCACCUUCUGACCCUAAGCCUCUGGCACAGAUAAAAGAGGUUACCUUUAUCAUGAGCAUCACCUCUGCAGCUGAGAUGAAGAAACCUGCAAGCCACAACAUCGCUGGUUUUGCGCCAGAGCCUCAAAAUCCAAAACCAGGUGCACUCGGAAAAUCCACAGGAAUCUAG